AUGAAGGGACUAGUCGCCGUUGUCGAAGGUGCGUUCAUCACACGUUGUUAUCCAGGAGAUGCUACUGAUCUCCCUGGCAUACUUCAGACACCCCACAAGAUAGAAUCACCAUUGAAAAGCCACCUUCUCGACGAGAUGAGCCUUGAGCAGCAAGUCAAAGCUUACAAGAAAAUCAAAGUGCGCAGGUUCAAACUCAAAGGCGGAGAGUAUUCACGGCUGGAAAAAAGCUUGCUCCUUGGGAUUGUCACCGACGACUUCACCGCGUGA